AUGCAAAAAGAGCGCGCAGAAACAGGUAGGUGCCGGGAGGAAGAAAAUGUGCAGGAAAUAAACAUAGAAGAUGUGUACGACGGCAUUCCCGUGUCUGUAAAGGGCGAAGUGAAGGCGUGUGUCUAUGCCAUUAAAGAAGAAACCGCCGAUAUUUCGGAGGCAGGGGAUUCUGGGGGUAAGUAUCUGGGGGGCAGAGGCCAGGCAGGGCCCAGCGUUGUCGAGUCCCUGGAGGUGUUUUCGUACGAGAAAAAAACUGCUCCUCUUAUUAAGCACAUUGCACAGAAGGUGCUGGAGACAGAGCUUGCACAUUUAGCGGAGAAAGGCGAAAAAAUUUCUCUGUGUUUGUCCGUGUUCUCCAGCAAGAGAUACCUGCAGGGCGCCGUCUGCGGGCUAAACAGCCUGCUCAAGCACCUUUCCGUCCCCACACAGUAUUGCAUAGAGGACUCGCCCUGCAAUGGCUCCAACAGAAUGAGCAUCCGGAGCACGGGGGGUGCUGUAAUUUACUCUGUAUGGACAAAGCCAUUUUCCGACUAG